CUCCCUUCUCAAAGGAGCCACACAGGCAAAACAAAGAAGCAGGAAGGAAAGGAAAUAGAAGGAAAAAUAAUUAUCUGUCUUACGAGUAGUGUCUGGUAAUUCAAUACUAAGAGCUUCCCUUUGGAUGAAAUGCAUCCUUCCUGUACAAGAGAAGACCUAAAACAAGGACAGAGAUGAUCUCUAGGUCAGAGUUGUUCACUAACCUAAUGCACACCGCAGCAUUUUGAUGGGUACUGUAGCAGAUGCUUUAUCUACCAGUAUCCCCCUGCAAGCUUAUGGGUCCUUAAAACUGUGUAACAGUGCGCUGAAUCUUGCCCCUUCUUGACAGCUUUCCCUGAACUUCUUUCUCUAUGCAAGACUAUCUCUGAAACACACCACAAAGCGGGUUAACUCCCCAGCCAGAUUUCUCUGCCAGCUAUUCCACCCACACAUGAUCAAUCCACAGCCAGGCCUCUACCUUUCUUCCUUUACUAGAAUGAUGGAGAGGAACAUGUUCUUUUCCUUCUAUAAUGUGUACAUCUUUUUUAAAACUUAAUGUUUUCCAUUGUAUUGUUGGUUGUUAGUAAAUAAUAACCAGUGUAUUCUCCUAUUUGUGCUGGGAAUUAAAAUGUGAACGUGCGUGAUGAUGAACCAGGUCCAUCAGCCCACCACCUUUCUUCCAAGGAGAUCGGAAGGCCGCUCAGGGCUGCAGGCUGCCUAAUGACCUCUCUUUUAUUUAUAUUGUCCCUUUAAUUCUUUUCAUCUGGAAAACAGUUCACAUGAUAGUAGUCAGCAUCAUCUGUGUUUUAAAACAAGUGAUUAUGUUAUGUGCAGCGUCUACUGCCAAAUUGCAGGUCUCUUUAUAUAACUAAGUAUACUUUCGAAGUUAAAUAAAUCAGCAAUUGGUAAUGCAAGUUACCUUUAAUAAGGCUGUCUAUGGAAAAAAUGUUUGAACUUUAACAAACUUUUACUCUCUGUGACAUUAGACGCUUUCUCCGGGCCUCCUUCCUUCUUCCUACAAGAAUUGGAGGAGCAUAAAUUAUAUCUAACAGUAGCACACUCACUUCUACCAAAAUGCAUGAGCAUGUCCAGAUCCACAUUGGUACCGCUUUGGUUUGCUUCUCUUCAGUGGACUUGAAACAAGUGUGGGGUGGCUUAGAAAGAAACGUAGGAAGCCAAAACCUUUGGUUUCAGUCACAGCAGUCUCCGUUCACCACCUAUUGUAACCAAUCACUUCCAUCCUUCUCUUUUCCAUUUACCUCCAACUAUGCAAUUCACUGUCCCUUCUUGUCUGGACAUUCAACAGCUAUAAUUUACUGACCUUCAGGGCUGCCAUCCUGCUUGAAUUACUUGGAAAUCCCCAGCUGGCUUGAAAAUCCCCCAAGUGAGGGAAGAGAACCCCUGCAGAUUAUUCUGCUCCAGAGUUUGAGGCCAGUAAACUUUAUAAUCCAAUGGCAAAGUACUGGAAAGGUGUAAAUCACUGCACUGGAGCAUUUCUACUGCUGGAGCUCUUCAAGAAUAGGAGAAACAAACACUUCUCAGGAAUAGUUUGAGUAUCCUAGAUCCUGUUUUAGUGCACAGGAUGACAUUCCAUCAUCUGCUGCACUUCCAUGAUUCCUUUGGAGCAUGUGAACACAGAGCACUGCGAUAAACCAAGACUGGGGCUGAGCCAGUAUGGCAAUGUAUGUAUUUCAGAGGGUUUCAAAGAGAGGAAGAAAAGCAGUCCAGUUUUCGUUAGGCAGACUGUUUAAAAAAAAAAAAGGGGAUACCAGUUUCCAAAGGACAGCCCAGAUGGAGGCAUCUGCAAAGAACAGAGGUAGUCUACGUUGCAGAAAACUACUUUCUCUUUUUUGCUCAAUUAUGCAUUCCAGCUAGAGAGACAUAUGGAAGGUGUGGUCAGGAUUUAUUUGCCAUUUUUAAGGCAAAAGCGUGUUCUGAGAUUUUCUGCAUGCUCUUCUAAAACAUUGCCUUGUAAAAUAAUGGAUUUCUACAAACACAGACCAAAGGUGUUUCAGGAUCAGUCUUCACUGUUGGUGCGACUGAUCCUACAUUUCCUCUUGAUAAAGCUCAGAUAUGUUAGAUUUAUAUGACUUCUACCUUUCACCUUUUUUUGACUCCCCAAAUUUGCAAUUUGCAGAAUCUCUGUUCUGAUUCUAUACAAUUACAUAGUCUCUAGUUUUAAUUUUCCACGGGAUUCAGUGACAAGAUAUUUGUAAAUUAAUCCCACCACUGAGUCAAGAUCAGAAAUUACGUUCCUACUGUUUCUAGUAGUCAUUUCUAUUAGGCUAUAAGCUCUCUGUGGGAUGGACUAUCCAGUAUUAUUCCGAUAGCACCCUACACACCUCUUACCAAAGACCUGUUAAUGUGCAAAAAAAACCUUGUUAGAGAAAGUAUCUUUGGAGAGGGAGGGGGGAAAGGAGGGAGGAAAGGAGGGAAAUAGGGAGGAAGGAAAGGAGAAAGCACUCACUUAAAGCACAAUUUAUCAGAAAUUUUAGAAGAACGGGACAUGUGCAUACACAAUUCUUACCAACAGUAGAGGAGAGCUGGUAGGGACCAUUUGUACAAACUUACAAGUCCCUUUGAAGGCAGCCCUUGGCUGAGGCAGCCAGUCAGCAUCAUGUCAGUGUUCUUUCUCUGCGUGUGCAUGUCUCUGAGAUACCACCUACUCAGCAUUGCUACAGGCUGAGCCUGCAAAAGGGAAAGCAGCAGCCAUGUCCCCCAGCCUGGGCUGAGACCCCGGGUCUCUGGGCAUCAGGCCGAGUAUAAGCAGUCAGGCGGCAGCGGUUCUGAGCCUAGGCAGCUGGAGGAGGUGGCCAUGCCUUUAGCUCAUGUCAAAUUAUCAUCAAACUCCUGCCUCCAAACUUCAGGGUCUCCGGUGUUAACAGGUCAGCCUAAAACAGACCAUGCCCUUGCCUAGAUGGGACUGUCUGUCUGAAGGCUCCUGGGCUGCAGGGAGACUGGCCCUGAGCCACUGCCCCAGCCCUGCCAGGGCUGCCCCACCAUAUCUGGGAGACUGCUCAGGCUCCAACACAAGUGAACAGGCAACCCCAACAUUUAUUGUGGUGUCAUACAUAUGAUGCAGGCCAGACCAGCACUGAACCACAUCGUAUUUCAGUACUACGUUAUUGCAUGCAGAUUAUACCAAUAGCAGCAAAUAGUGUCCUGAAGCAGCAAAGUAUCUGCUGUGUAGGGCAGCUGGUGCUGACAAUCCCACCCCAGACUCAACUAAUUUAGAUCAAAACCAGGCUACAAUCUAGAUACAACUCUUAAUGCACUUUGCCCAAGUUUUCCAAUGGAGGGAGAAGUGCACUGUUUGGACCCAGAAGGUAAACUUCUCACGGACAUAAAGUCCCCGUGUCAAAGCCCAGGAUUGCUAUGGACUGCAGCAGCAGCACCAGUAUUUUCCUGUCAGGGCAUUCUGUUCUCUUUUCCAUUCGAUCUAAACAUGAGACCCUCAAAUGCUUUUGCCAGCACAGCAGUUUGCUCAGAAUGAACUGCAGCUUAGCAAAGCAAGACACAACAGAGACCUGGAUGCUAGGGUGGAGACUGGAAUUCGUUGCAGUAGAAAACACUACAGUAUAAACAAAAAUACAGCCUUGACUUAGAAAGCCAUAACACACAAACCAGCCUAUAUUAGUAGAGUAAUCACGCCUGGUCUGCAUUUUAAAUACAGAAGCAACACCUAGGCUGCAGUUUAAAUCAGAACUCAUAACCCAUAUUCAAAAAAUAACAACAACAAACUCCAAACCUUAAGGGUCCCCGACUGAGGUCAGACCAGAAAAUGUUUCAUUUGCAGUUCUUCGCUGUCCUCUAAAGGCUGUUUCAGGAAUUGCAGCCCUGGAUUUUGAGCAACAAAUCUUUGCUUGCUCAGUGCUCAGGACAGCCCAAAGCACAGCCCAGCACACCAAAAGAAAGUAGAAGGUUUAUACCAGGCUUCCGCUGGAACUCUGCAGUCAGCUAAAAGACUUCGGUCUAACCAGAGAAAGUGAGACAGUGUUGGUGAGGUUUAUGCUGUACAGGAAACAUAGCUGCAUCUGUCAGGGGAUGGGAUGGGUGGGAUUUCUGCUGUUUUGCAUCCUGAUACAGUCCAGUCUGUGGUGCGGCUUGAGAUUCCUUCAAUGUGUAUAAUUGAGUAUGAAGACAGUAGUGCAUAUCCAGACCAACUUUUCAGGAAUAGCUAAAACAACGGACUUUGUUUGGAAGUUACUCCUUAAUAAGGUGCUCAAGAAGUUCCUCAGAGCUCAGAAAGGUCAAGCAGGUUUUUCUUGCGUCAUCAGAGGUGCUUUGUGAGGUCACAGUGGGCCCCGUGAGGACAUUCAGGAACCCCAUAUACGUCAUGCCAGGAGGUGCCACUUGUGCCUCAAGCCUGCAAGGAGGGUGCUUGCUGGUUGUGGACAAGAGGUAGCAUGGGGCAACUACGGGAGACAGCUGCUCCCAGCUGUUGCUUUUUGUUCUUCCUUCUCCUCUUCCUGGUGGCUCCGUGUCAUGGGCAACCCCAGGAUGUCGCGUGGGGAGCACUGAGUCCAGAUGAUCGUGUUGGUGACCUGUAUGCAGCAUAUCCCAUGGAAGGUGUUCUGGAACGUGGCAAGGAUCCCAGAGAUCUGCCUGUACGCCACGUAUCUGGGCUGCGCCGUUUUCAUCAGCCUCAAGCCUACCGCAGGGAUGUGGCCUCAGGUGCUGGCUCUGUACCUUCUCAAUGGGUUCCUGAUUUUGAGCCUUGGAGGAAUCGCAUGGAUCUGCCUGUACGCCGCAUAUCGAGGCUGCGCAGUUUUCAUCAGCCUCAAGCCUACCCCAGGGAUGUGGCCUCAGGUACUGGCUCUGCAGCUUCUCAGUGGGUUCCUUAUUCUGAGCCUUGGAGGAAUCGCAUGGCUGUUGCACCUAGGAUUCCUUCUUCCCGUUCUCAGAUGGAUCUUGGUUUUGAGCCUGAAGAGUAUCCCAGAGGUGCUGGCGGUGUGAGACCUGCAGGGAGCGUGGAUCAGAAACGGGGAGAAAAUCACCUUGCAGUUGGCGUGCUUGCCAUCCUGCUCUCUCUGGUCAUUCUGGCUGCUUUGGGUUACCUGGCAAAACAGUUGCUGAUUAAGAGAGAAGCAGGAGCAAUGCUAGGUGAAACUGGCGGAGACAUGAAAAACAAAGAUCCAGCUCCGCUAAAAAAACCACAGAACUUAAGGAGAAUUACCAUAGAAAUUCAAGAUCUUACUGGGAAGUCAAACCCAAAUCUGAAGGGUCUUCCCAGUUCCAAAGUCAAUAUCAGUCAAUCCCCACAGCAAUCCUCUCGGCCUGACUUCCGCAGGCAGUCAGAAAUCGCUGAUGACUCCUGCCCGGAUACAAGCAAAAAGACACCAACGUCAGGAAAAGUGGCAAGUACGUGCUGCUGUGGAAGAGUGGUGGAACUGUGUGAACCACAGAACCCCUAGUGGACCAAGAAUGUAAAGAUCAGCACCGCUGGGAAGCUGUGUAUUGCUGAAGAGAACAUGCAGUGUCCAUGAGAGAAAUACAUCAGACAAACUAGAAAGGGAGAGUCUCCUAACUGUGCUGCAAGCUCAGCAAUGCAGAGCAAUAAGAAACGUCCUUACAUCACUACAUCACUUUGUCUCUCCCUCCCGGAAGCGAUGUGGGAAGGACUGGAGUGUUUGGGGAACUGUAGUUCUCCUUUAGCAGCUUUCCCAAUUCCAUCAGUUCAUUGCAUGAUGUCCACACUUAUGGACGACCAUGACAGCGUUCACCACCUAUUCCGUAUCAUGACAUCAUGCCCAAGUUGUACAACGCAGAUACAUGUAUCUAUACGAUCAAUAAACUAUAAUUAACAUUA